AUGAUUAUUGUGAGAAGGAUGCUGCUACAGGCUUUAAGAGUAUCCGGCCGAAACGCCUUCCCCCUGGUCAAGUGGAUGGAGAAGUGGGCUGAGGGCGCAUCAGCCAAGCAGCAGGCAGUGAGGACUCUGGACGACAUGCCCGGACCGUCGGUCACCAGCUUCGCCUGGGACCUGUUCGCCAAACGGGGGCUGUCACGGCUGCACGAGCUACAGCUGGAAGGAGUGCACCGGUAUGGCUCCAUGUGGAAGGCGAGCUUCGGUCCCAUCCUGACCGUUCAUGUGGCUGAUCCAGCGCUCAUUGAGCAGGUACUGAGGCAGGAGGGCCAGCACCCCAUGCGCUCUGACCUUUCCUCCUGGAAGGACUACAGGAAGCACAGAGGACAUCACUAUGGACUUCUGACAUCUGAGGGGGAGGAGUGGCAGUUAGUGAGAAGUCUCCUGGGGAAGCACAUGCUGCGACCAAAAGCAGUCGAAGCUUACGAUAAAACCCUGAACGCCGUGGUCAGUGACCUCCUUGCCAAACUUCGCUUUCGCAGACACUCUUUGGGCCUCGUCACUGACAUCGCCAGCGAGUUCUAUCGCUUCGGCCUCGAGGGUAUUUCCUCGGUUUUGUUUGAAUCCAGAAUCGGUUGCCUAGAUGAGGUUGUCCCUGAAGAGACAGAGCGUUUCAUCCAGUCGAUCAAAACCAUGUUUGUGAUGACGCUUCUUACCAUGGUUAUGCCUAAGUGGUUGCACCGGCUGUUUCCUAAACCCUGGAACAUCUUCUGUCAGUGCUGGGACUACAUGUUUGACUUCGCUAAAGGCCACAUUGACCAGCGUUUGGCGGCAGUAGCAGAGAAGGUUGCCCGUGGAGAGGAGGUGGAGGGCCAAUAUCUCACCUACUUCCUGUCGCAAAACGGGCUGCCCAUGAAGACUGUCUACAGCAACGUCACAGAGCUGCUUCUUGCAGGAGUCGACACAAUCUCCAGCACUAUGUCCUGGUCGUUGUACGAGCUGUCCCGCGACCCCAAGGUGCAGGCAUUGCUCCGGGAUGAGGUGUUGAGCGUGCUGGAGGGUCGAAGCAUACCGGAGGCAGCCGAUGUGGCCCGCAUGCCUCUGCUGAAGGCCACAGUCAAAGAAGUGCUGAGGUUGUACCCCGUCACUCCUGCCAAUGCAAGAGUCAUUACAGAGAGAGACAUCGAGGUUGGAGGCUACCUCAUCCCUAAAAACACUCUGAUUACCCUGUGCCACUUUGCAACAUCACGGGAUCCAGCGGUGUUUCCAAAUCCAGAUAAAUUCCAGCCCGAACGAUGGUUGAAAAAGGACCAGACUCACCACCCGUAUGCCUCUAUACCCUUUGGGGUGGGAAAACGCAGCUGCAUAGGUCGCCGUAUCGCCGAGCUGGAGCUCUACCUUGCUCUUGCCAGGAUCCUCAUAGAGUUCGAUGUGAAGCCUGACCCAGAAGGGAUUUCCGUGAAGCCCAUGACCCGGACGCUUCUGGUUCCUGAAAAUGUCAUUAACCUCCAGUUUAUUGAACGAUGACCCACUCUGCAGAGCUGAUGUGUUGCAUGAACGAGAAUGUGAAUCUCCUCGCAGUAGAGAGCGCUAGCAGGCGGAGUUAUCACAGGAACCGUGAGCCUGUUGCACACAGUUAGAGCGGACCUUCAACCUUUGUUUCGACAGAGGCCAAAGCCCUCCGUAUCUGUGACCUAGUGUGUCAAGGCUGAUGUGUGGAGGAAGACAAACGAGUGAAGGAUGACAGCUCUUUACUGAGGCUUUACACUGGGAGUGGUGUAACUCCAAAUAUACCACUAAUUACUAAAAUCACCAUCAAGCUCUUAUUUGCACAGAGGCCAAGAGCAAGCCAGUGAUCUCCUUCCGUACGUUUCAAAGGACAAUGUUCAAACAAUGCUCCUUAAAGUGAGUGAGGCCAUGAUGUCUG